CGCGGGAGGAGGAGCUGGCCGAUGCUAAUGAACGGAGUUGCCCGGCGAGCCAGGAACUUCAUUCCCCUUCUCAGUGUCAGGAUCGCAGAAAGUAUGCCCCUUCCCUCACCAUGAACUGGCUCUCCAACUCCCAGGGAGUGGUGCUCACUGCCUACCACCACAGCAGCAAGGACCGGGCCGUGGCCGAGAGCCAUGGCCAGGGAGGGGAGGAAGCCACCUCCAGUCGCAGAUAUGGCCAGUACACUAUGAACCAAGAAAUCCCCAAAGUUAAGGAGAAGCCUUCAUUUGAUCGAUCGAGUUCCCAGGAUUCUGUGGAUGAACUAUCUAUGGAGGACUAUUGGACUGAACUAGAAAACAUCAAGAAAUCUAGUGAGAACAGACAAGAUCAAGAGGUGGUGGUGGUCAAAGAGCCUGAUGAGGGCGAACUGGAAGAAGAGUGGCUUAAGGAGGCCGGUUUGUCUAAUCUCUUUGGAGAAUCUGCUGGAGAUCCCCAGGAAAGCAUGGUGUUUUUGUCAACGUUAACCCGGACCCAGGCGGCAGCUGUUCAGAAGCGAGUAGAGACUGUCUCCCAGACCUUAAGGAAAAAAAACAAGCAGCACCACAUUCCUGACGUCAGAGACAUAUUUGCCCAACAGACAGAGUCAAAUGAAAAAGCUCCAGAUGGCACUGAAUCACAGUCAGUCAGAACAAAUGAAAACAAAUACCAAGGAAAAGAUGACCAGGCAUCUAGCCUAGUUGUUGGUGAAAAGGAGAUGAUCCCAUUGGUGCCUGAGGAGGCACCUGUCUCUGAAACAGAUAUCAACCUGGAGGUAUCAUUUGCAGAGCAAGCCGUCGAUCAGAAAGAAAACUCCAAGGAUAGGACGCAGAAGAGCAAAGGCAACGAUGCCCCGUUACCUAGUUUCAGAUUGCCAAAAGACAAAACAGGUACCACCAGGAUUGGUGACCUAGCGCCCCAGGACAUGAAGAAAGUUUGCCACUUGGCCCUGAUUGAGCUGACUGCCCUCUAUGAUGUCCUGGGUGUUGAACUGAAACAACAAAAAGCUGUGAAAAUCAAAACAAAAGAUUCUGGCCUCUUUGGUGUUCCAUUGACAGUAUUGUUGGAACAAGAUCAGAGGAGAGUACCAGGAACUCGAAUACCCUUGAUAUUUCAAAACCUGAUUUCUCAGAUCGAAGAGGGUGGUUUGGAAACUGAAGGCCUCUUGAGAAUACCUGGAGCUUCCAUCAGGAUCAAGAAUCUUUGCCAAGAACUGGAAGCAAAGUUUUACGAAGGGACCUUUCCUUGGGAGAGCGUCAAGCAGCACGACGCCGCCAGCCUGCUGAAGCUGUUCAUCCGAGAGCUGCCGCAGCCGCUGCUCAGCGCGGAGUACCUCCGGGCCUUCCAGGCCGUGCAGAAUCUUCCCACCAAGAAGCAGCAGCUCCAGGCCUUGAACCUCCUUGUCAUCCUGCUGCCUGAAGCGAAUCAGGACACACUGAAGGCCCUGCUUGAAUUUCUCCAAAGAGUAAUAGAUAAUAAGGAGAAAAAUAAGAUGACCGUCAUGAAUGUGGCAAUGGUCAUGGCCCCGAACCUCUUCAUGUGUCACCCACUGGCUCUGAAGUCCAGCGAACAGCAGGAAUUUGCCAUGGCCGUGGGGACCGCCAAUAUCAUGCACUUACUGAUUAAGCAUCAAAAACUUCUGUGGACAAUUCCCAAGUUUCUUGUCAACCAAGUGAGGAAGCAAAACACUGAAAAUCUUAAAAAAGAUAAGAAAACAAUGAAGAAAUUGCUGAAGAAAAUGGCUUAUGACCGAGAAAAAUCCGAGAAGCAAGACAGGAGUACAAAUGACGCUGACGUUCCGCAGGGAGUGAUUCGAGUGCAAGCUCCCCAUCUUUCCAAAGUUUCCAUGGCAAUACAGCUAACUGAAGAACUAAAAGCCAGUGAUGUACUUGCCAGGUUUCUCAGCCAAGAAAGUGGGAUUGCCCAGACUCUCAAGAAGGGAGACGUUUUUUUGUAUGAAAUUGGAGGAAAUAUUGGGGGACGCUGCCUUGAUGAUGACACCUACAUGAAGGACUUGUACCAGCUCAACCCGAACGCCGAGUGGGUGGUGAAGCCCAAGCCGUCGUAGGGACUGUGCCCGUGUAACCACAGGGACCUCUCUGGUGAUACUUGCUGGGUCAAGAGUGUAAACAAGGAAACCAGGGACUCUUUCGUUAUCCAGAUGUGCCCAACCAUUGACGAGCGACACUUGGAGGCCUUAAGAAGUUAUAGAUUCGUGCUGCUGCCAGAAUUAUGUUAAUUAUUAUUAUUGAUAUUUUUAGAAAAGAAAUCUCUCUGGAGUGAAAGGAAAGAGACUCCAUUAGCUUGUAGGCUGUUUUCAUGUACUCUGUGACAUGUGCCCAGAUGUGACGUCAUUUUUUUUUGUUAUUAUUAUAAGAAAUGUAUCCUCUUCCCUCUCGCUGUUUUCUCCUAAAAUCUUGUCUACAAUAAUAUAUGCUUUCUUACCUUUCUGUCCUCCUCACUCUGCCUUCCCCCAAUUAGGUUUGCUUUUUAACCAAAAAAGAUAACAAACACCAGGUAUGGCAAGUUGUGAAGGCAGCACGUCCUGAAACAGCCCGGAUUCCACAGUAUUCCUGCCACUGCCGAAUGUUGAAUAUGCAUCUCUUUGAAUCAUUUCUUCCAACAAUAACAUUCUCCUUCUCCCUGCUAUGUCGCAUGAAGUGAUUUGCAUUUUUGUCAGUUCAUCUGACAUGUGCGCACAGAACUGGAUCCACCAUCAAGGAAAUAGAACUGUCAGAACCUGCCAAUUACUACUGGACCACUUAAGACUUGCGCACUAUGAAUAAAUAAAAUAUAUCCACGUGGAAUAACUGGAUUAUGGGUAAUAAGAGAGUGGAAGCCAAAUCACUUCGUGUGUGCCUCCCUCUUGCAAAUGAAAUUUUGAAAGUCGGAGCGAGCUUUACCUAUUGUCACACCAGCAACAUAAAUAUGCAUGAGAGGCUAAUCCAGGACGGGUGGAGAAUGUAUUCCACUGAAGGGUUUUUUUUUUUUUUUUUUUAAAACUCAUAAGUAAGUCUGCAGGCAGAGUUAGUCUUCUGGGUAUGACACAGUCAUACAAACAAGCUUUGUUUGUGUACUUACUUGAAAUAAUCAGAGUAAAUUUAUUAAAAUGUGGCGACAAGUACUCUUCCCAGGGAUUUUAAUGCACAAACCGUAUUGUGACAAGAGAUGAGCCUCUGUACUGUAAAUAAGAGGAAUAAAGUGAGAGAAAAAUGUUCAAUAUUUUAUGAGUUCAGAGUGUAGUAAAUAAAAGGUGAUGUAUAUGGAUGCUGCACAAACCGUGUUUAUGAUACUUUGGGUAGUAGUACUUUAGGGAAAAUUCCACUUUCUCAGAAGCUCUUGAUGUCACUCUAAUUAGGAGGGAAAGUGCUGGUAAUGAGAACAGUCAUAAACUUUUAGCAUAUAAUUAUAAGAACAGCCUGUGGAUAUAUGAUCAUUUAGCUUUUUGGUG